AUGUGUAUGGCCUGUCAGAGACACGGCUGGAGGCCGAUGCCGGGAUUCAAGCGUCCGGCAUGUGGCAGGGCAUGCGGGCGCGAAGCGCCCCGAUGCCUGUGUGUGCUCCCGUCUCCCUCCUCACAGGACGAACCCACAACGUGCGGCAAGGGCGGACUGUGCCACACUUAUAUCACCCUCCACCAUACCGAGUCGUUUGUUGCAUGCUCUCACAAUAACCUGUCCCAGGUCUUCCUCUGCUGGAGUAGCGUGACCGCAUGGCAGCUAGGAUUUUGGCCAACCUGGCUGUCGCGGGUGCGACAGUCCUGUUUCGUGCCGCAACGCAAGCAUACCGCCAGGCCCUCGUCAACGCCCAGAAGUCCGGUGUGA